CUAGCCUUAGCGCGCUUUAGUCGGGAUGGCAGAAAAGGACUCUCAAGCCACAGCAGCUGUCGAAGAAAUGGAAAUGCAACAGAAUCAGACAGCAGAACCAACGGACAACGGCACUAGUGCUAGAACAGCAGAAAUUGAAGUAGAAGAUGGUACCAAUCAGCAAGUUGCUCCAUCGUCCACUGACCAAGAGCAGCCUAGUUAUGGAGUGUCAGAGGAAACACAGGCACUUGUCAAUCGAGAACGGGAAGCUUUAGAGAAAGCUGGAAAAUCAGCAGUUGAACUUCAAUCUCUGCCAACAAGAGUCUAUCUUGAUCGAACUGUUGUUCCCAUUUUGAUAGCUGGCAUGUCUGCCUUAGCCAAAGAAAGGCCACCUGAACCAGUAGAUUUCUUAGCUGCUUACCUUUUGAAGAACAAGGAACAAUUUUCAGUUCCAAAAUAGAAUCGUCACAGAGUGCAAGAGUACUACUUCCUACAACUCAAAAUAAUUCAGUAGGCGUAUUGCAUGCAUCACUUUACCAAUUCUGGCAAAUCAAGAGAUACACAAGUUUGCUCAGUUGUUACUUUGUAUUUGGAAACAUUACCGUUGUUGUUGUUGUUCAGUUCUUUGCUGAUAGAUUAUUAUUGAAUAUAAUUGUUACAUGCACAGCUCUGUAAACAAGUCAGUGGUUUUUAAUUGCCCUUACAGACAUCAUAGAAUGCUCUAACUGUGUUGAGCAAGUCUCGUGGUGUAAUGUAUGGUCUCACUGACAAUU